AUGACGGAGUUUGCACCCGAGCCACAGGCUGGAGUUUGGCUCACGUUGCUGCUGCUGUCGCUAACGUUGGAUGUUGGGUUGUUGUCUGAACUCAGCUUUGUGGAGGAGCCCAGUGAUGUGAUUGCAGUGAAGGAUCGGCCCCUGGUGUUAAACUGCCGGGUGGAAGGAGUUGAACCCAUUACCAUCACGUGGAGGAAAGAUGGUUUUGCGCUGAGGGAGAGUCCCCGGGUCUCAUUACUCAACAACGGCUCUCUCUGUAUCCGAAACUUCCUGAAGAAGAAGGAAAACAAUGAGUCUGACGCUGGGGAGUACGACUGUACAGCACACAACCGAUUCGGUCUCUUACUCAGCCGCAAGGCCAGGGUGCAGGUGGCAACUCUGCCUCGAUUUCAGACCCACCCGCAGUCUAUGAAGGUGCAGCUGGGAGGUGUGGCCCGUUUUGAAUGUCACAUCUAUGGUGUUCCUGAAGCCACAAUAACUUGGGAACUCAAUCGUGUUCCUUUGAACAUGGAUGAUGCAAGGUAUACUCUGCUACCAACUGGUGUUCUCCAGAUCACCAGAGUACAGCAACGGGACCUCGGCACUUAUCGCUGUGUGGCUGUCAACAUUGCAAAUACAAGAGCCAGUCAGGAGGCUACACUGAGCCUGUCGGUUUUGUCCCCCCGUGCUGACCAGGAGCCUGUGAUCCUAUCAGGUCCUCAGAACCUCACCCUCACCAUUCACCAGACUGCCAUUUUGGAAUGUAUUGCCACGGGAAAUCCAAAACCAAUCGUAUCAUGGAGCAGACUUGACGGACGUUCGAUCGGAGUCGACGGGAUCGAGGUGCUUGGGACAGGGAAUCUGAUGAUCUCUGAUGUCACUGUCCAUCAUUCGGGGAUAUACGUUUGUGCAGCCAACAAACCUGGAACCCGUGUCCGUCGCACAGCCCAGGGCAGGCUGGUGGUGCAAGCACCACCUGAGUUUGUCCAAUGGCCACAAUCGGUCAGCAAACCAGCAGGAACUACAGCUGUCUUCACCUGUGUGGCCCAGGGGGUCCCAGAGCCACACCUGACCUGGCUGAAAAAUGGCAACGUACUGACAACACCCAGUGAAAACAUCAAACUGACCCACAGCAACAGCACGCUGAUUAUAAACCGCAUCACCUCAUCUGAUGAAGCCAUUUACCAAUGCAUCGCCAAAAACGGUGCCGGCUCCAACCAGGCCAGCGCACGACUGGCUGUGGCUCUGUCCCAGGAGCUGCCCGAGCCACCCGACGAUGUGAGAGCCGAGGCUCUGUCCAGAAACGCCAUACGUCUAUCCUGGCAGGAGCCAGGACUGGCCGUCACCGAGGAGAUUAUCGGCUACGUUCUGCACAUCCGAGCGGCUGCAGAUCCGGAAGGGAAGGAGUUUCAAGAGGCCGUCAGCAAGACUGCGUUCCAGCAUGUAUUCACCAACCUGGAACCUACCACCACCUACUCCAUGUAUAUCAAAGCCUAUUCCCCUGUAGGAGCCAGCAGACCCUCUGUGCUAGUCACUGCCACUACAGCAGGAGAAGUUCCAGACGCAGUGAUGUUCUUCACACGGGUAUUGAAUUCUUCAGCAGUGCAGGUGUUUUGGGAGCGACGCCCCAGUCAGGAGCUGAUCGAAGGUUACAAGCUCUACUACAGGAAGGUGCAGAGCUCCCAGCUCCUGGGACCCACUCUGCUGUCCAGCUCUGCCACCAGCUUCACCAUUACCCAUCUGGAACCGUCUGCAUUAUACGAGCUCAAGCUAUUGGCUUUUAACCAGCAUGGAGAUGGGAAUACAACUGGACGAUUUGUGUCCCUGAGGGACAGCACUGAGAUACCAGGCACGUCUCUGCAAGACCCCAGCUGUGACUGUAAGAAGUCAACAGAAAGCCCACUGACUGGCAUUGUGGUUGGCAUUCACAUUGGAAUGGCUUGCAUUAUCUUUUGUGUUCUCUUCCUCCUGCUUGGGUAUCGCAGAAGUCUGUUUGGGUGUAAGGGCAUCAAGGAAAGUUGGACAGUCCCACAGGCUGGACAUAGCAUGGCCCAAGAGGGACAGAAUGGCCACGUGGAGGCAGAUAAAAAGGAUGAAGUUGGGAGAGUAAUGGAGAUGACUGAACUGAAUGGAGAUCCUGCUUCAGAGGACAGUCGAGAAGGUGCCUCCAGCCAGCUCCAGGUGGUGAUUGAGCAGCACCCAACAGCACCCAAACCCUGAGAGCAUCCAGCAGAGACGUCAGCUCCACCAUCCUGACAUUUCCAUUUCUUCUUUUUCUCUGAUCCAAAGAUCUGACAUGAGUCCU